GUCCGUGCGGAUCGAUCUCGGGGUGCCUGCGCGAAUCGAGCGCGCGCCAUCGCCAUGGCGGGAAGGAACAUCGCCUACGUGAAGCCCAAGGAGCCGUCGUUCCUGCGUAAGUUCAAGAAGGACGUGGGCUUCAAAGAGGGGCCCAACGUGGACACAAAGCGAGGACCGGCCAUGAUGCCUCACCGGGACGACGACGAGGAGGAGAAGGAAGAUGAGCGGCCGCAGGUGGUCAUCAUGAAAGACGGCGACCUCACGGAAGAGGAGGCUCGCAAACUCCAGGGUGGAGCCUCCCCGUUCGUCACCGACGACCGUCCCGCCGACGGGCGAAUUCUCUUCCGCAAGCCGGCGAAGCGGGAGGGGGGGACCCCCGACACCAAGUCGGGCGCCAAGUCGGCAAAGCGCUGGCGGGAGGGGGGCAAGCAAGAGGGUGGACGUUCAAAGAAGGGCGACUCCGCAUCAGCGUCGUCAUCGACGUCGUCGUCGACGUCGUCGUCGUCCCAGGCCGUGAAGAACGCCAAACUCCUGUCAUUCGGAGAGGAUGACGAUGGUGGCGGCGGCGGUGGAGACUGAAACGUGCGAGGUGAUGGUGUUUGGUUGAUGGCCACGUUCUGUACGCCCCCCACUGCCACCGUCUCAUCAGUGAGCUGCAAGUCAUAUGGGGGCUUUACUCUUUGGUUCUUUCGGUAAAGUCACGUGACUUUACCGAAAGAACCAGAGUAUGGAUUCCUGCAGUCACUAAAGCUUCAAAUCAAGAUCACAUGGGGGCUGUUUAAUCGUAUGUCACCACAGUGGGCAGCGCAGGUUGACACCCGUGGGGGGGGGGGGGGGGGGGGGGGGUCUUGGUUGGUGGUACCGCUGCCUACCACUGAUGUUGACUGUCUGGGAAUUAAUCUCAGAUGGCCGCGGUUUGUUUUGCGGUGUGUUCACCACUGAGGCACACCAAGUUGAGGGGGAGGCGUGUUAAACUUGUUUGUGUCGGUCAACGUGUGGGUGUGUGUGUGACGGCUUUAAUAAAACACAUUCUGGAUAUCAA